GGGCGCCAUGGAGGCGGCGGCGGAGGAGCGGCGGAGAGAGCGGCGGCGACGGCGAGAGGCGACGGUGAAGGCCGAGCGGCGAAGUCCCCGGCGCAGCACGUCGCCUCCAGGCGAGGAGCGGCGGGGCCCGGCAGCGCCGCGCGCGGGCAGCCGCGGCAGCAGGUCGCCCCGGCGGAGGAGCCGGUCCGGGCGGAGGAGCCGCUCCCCGCGAAGCAGGAGGAGCCGCAGCCACAGCCCGCAUCACGGCACCGUGAGGAUAAAGCAGGAGCGAGAUGAUCACUGUCGCAGGGGGAAUGAGGAGCGGAAGCAGAGGCACUCGUCAGAGCAGGAGCACUGGAGGGACAGGAGUGGUGACCGGGACAGGCACAAGGACCACUCAGACAGAAAGAAGAACCCCAGUGACAGACCAGGAGCUCGCGGCCACGAGCGGGACGUGCAGAACCUGCGGGAGCAGCAGGCAGAGAGGGAGCUCUACAAUGAGAGGAGGCGGGAGCACCGGCAGGGCACCGAGGGCAGCGGCGACCAGAAUGCAGAGCUCUGGCAGUCAGAGAGCAAACCCAAAGAAAAAGCAGCUGUGAACAAGGAGAAGCCAAGCUUUGAGCUGUCAGGGGCACUGCUGGAGGACACCAACACGUUCCGGGGGGUGGUGAUCAAGUACAGCGAGCCCCCCGAGGCGCGCAUCCCCAAGACGCGCUGGCGCCUGUACCCCUUCAAGAACGACGAGUUCCUGCCCGUGAUGUACAUCCACAGGCAGAGCGCCUACCUGCUGGGCCGGCACCGCCGCAUCGCCGACAUCCCCAUCGACCACCCCUCCUGCUCCAAGCAGCACGCCGUCUUCCAGUACCGGCUGGUGGAGUACACCCGAGCUGACGGCACCGUGGGCCGCAGGGUAAGGCCCUACAUCAUCGACCUGGGCUCGGGGAACGGCACCUUCCUCAACAACCAGCGCAUCGAGCCCCAGCGCUACUACGAACUCAAGGAGAAGGACGUGCUCAAGUUUGGCUUCAGCAGCAGGGAGUAUGUCCUGCUCCACGAAUCCUCUGAUAAAUCUGAGGCCAAUGCAAAGGAUGAGGAUGAGGACGAGGAGAAGGAGGAAGAGUCUGAUAGUUAACGGAUGAGGAAGAGGUUGGGGAGAGGCAGAGGAGAGAGACUCCUUGCAAUUGAGUUGGACUGGGAUGUGAACACGGAGCAUUGCAGCACUGAUGCCUCUUGUUGCCUUAAAGUCCUUUCUCUGUU